CCUCCCCCACCCUUAGCGCGAUGGCCCCACCCCAUCGCUGCCCCCUCCCCCUGCUGCUGCUGCUGCUGCUCGCCACUGCGCACGCGUCACGUGCGCCCCACCGAGGCCACGUGACCAAGGCCGAGGCCUCUCCUGCGCGAAGCCACGUGGUGGACGGCGACGGGUAUGGCGACCACCGCCACAGCCACCACCGCCACCACCACCACCAGCAACAACAACAACAACAACAACAAGAGCAACAACAACAACAACAAGAGCAACAACAACAACAAGAGCAACAACAACAACAACAAGAGCAGCAGCAGCAACUCGGCCAAGGUGAGGCAGGCGCCGCCACACAGGACGGUGGCCAGGACGGCUCCGUGCGGUCGCUCGCUCGACGGCUGCUGAAGGCGGCGGUGGCGACGACGACGAUGAUGGGGGGUGGCGGAGGAGGUGGAGGCGGCGGACGAGGUGGAGGCGGCGGACGAGGUGGAGGCGGCGGACGAGGUGGAGGCGGUGGCGGCGAUGGCGGUGGUGGCGGGAAGCCGGCCUGGCUGGGCUCCCGAGCGGCGGCGGCGGCUGCGGAGGAGGAGGAGGAGGAGGCAGGAGACGGUGCGGAGGCCUUCCCGGCCCUCGAGGCCCUGAUGGACGAAGCCGCCCGGCACCGCCGUGGUGGUGACGACGACGAAGUGGAGGAGGUAGAAGAGGGAGAAGCAGAAGGAGUGCGGAGGCUUGGUGGGGUUCGACGGGCCGCCACCAUCGCCGCCGCAGGCCGCAACGACGGUAGCGGCGUGUCGGAGGGAAGCCCCGAGGGGCCUCCGCCUCCUCCGCCGCCGGCACCGCCGGCACCGCCGGCACCACCGGCGGCAGCGGCACCACCGGCGGCAGCGGCGACGGUCGAGAAGCCGCCCUCUUACCGCAACGAGUCGUCGCGAGAUUUCACGGAGGAGCUGCUGCGAGCGCUCGCCACAGCGGACAGGCAGAGGGGCCGCGCCUCGUUCGGCGGACGCGGCGACCGCGGCGGCGGUGACCACGGCAACCGCGACGACCACGGCGACCGCGGCGACGACGGCGGCGACGGCGGAGCCACGGCCGUAGGCGUGGCACGCUCUCCGCAGCCGGUGCCGAGGAGCGGAGACUCGAGACUCAACGUCCGCACCGGCAAGCGCGGCGACAGCGGCGACGACGACGACGACGAUGAGGUGGAGGAGGUGGAGGAGUCGGAGGGCGGCGCCAGCGUCGAUAAGAGAGGCGGCCUCAACCCCAUGGCCUACCUCUACGGCCACACGCCGAGGGCCUCCGGCGGCCGUGACGACGACGACGACGACGAGGAGGAAGACGACGCCGUGAGCCCCAGGUCCCGGGCCCAGGUCGCCAAGGGCGUCUCCUCGGCCGGCGGCCGCUACCGCUCCCCGCUGGCCGACGUGAGCGGCCACGACGGCGUGGACGACGACGGCUACGACGACGGCUACGGCGGCUACGGCCUCGACGACGACGACGACGACGACGUCCCGCCGCCGGACGAGCUCGACGAGGAGGCCGCGGCAAGGAGCGCCCUCGGCCGCCACCGCGACGGCGGCCACCGCUACCACGGAGGGCCCCGGCCCGCUCGCGGCGGCCAGGGGGCCGACGGUCGCCGCCGCCGCCGCCGCCGCCGCCGCCCUCCAGCGGCUGCUGCCGCUGCUCGAGUUCUCCGAUGGCCUCCUCGGGGGCCCGAGGGCCUUCGAAGACUCCGACGAAGACUCCGACGAGGACGACUCCGGCGGCGGCGGAAAUCUGCGUCCGGCCGCGCGGUUCCGCGGGAGCGGGGGUCACCACGACCCGCCGUUCGAGUCCCCUCCUUUGCCGCCGGCCGACGUUCCGAUCCCUCGCCCGGCGGCGGCCCGGCACGCGGGCGGCCCGGCCCCGGCGUACCGGCGAGGCCGGCCCGGCGGGCCGUGGGAGCCGGCGGUCGAGGCCUGGCUGCGGUCCCCCGCGGCGGCGCCGGCCGCGGCCGCCGCUGCCCGCCGGGUUGGAGGGCCGCACGGGAGGCGGGCGGGCGGCCAACGAGCGUGGGCUGGAGGGGCUGCUGAGGGCCUCCCUGCAGCUGCGUCUACAGGAUUAAGGGAGCCUGGCGGUGUUGGAACGUUCGUUCCGUGCCUCGCAGCCUCCUCCUCCUCGUCGUCGUCUUCGUCGUCUUCGUCGUCGUCCUGCGGAUGUUCACCCCCUCCGCUUGUAACGUCUCGGUUGGUUUGGGGUUUUGGGGGUUUUGCCGUCGUGGUGGUGGUUGUGGUGGUGGUGGUGUGCUGGUAGGGCUCAAUAGCGACGACUCCGUUCUGUAGCGACGACUCCGGUAGCGGCCACGACUCCAGGGCCAGAAGGACUUUCCCAAAGGGUACCCCAAAAAAGAAUGGACAGCGAUGAGCACUUUAAGAAAGGGUACCCCAAGAAAAUGGAGAUUCGUUAGACAGGCCACAAGCCCUUUCCCAAAGGGUAUCCCCCACCCCAUAGAGGUGAAUCGGACAGCGACCAACAGUUUAACAAAGGGUACCCAAAAGAAAAUAUUUAAUUGGACAGCCAGAAGCACUUUAAACAAGGUCACCCCCCAAAAGAUGGGACAGCCACGAGCAGUUUAACAAAGUAUACCCCAAAAAUUGUAUUCAUUAGACACGUCCACACAAACACUUUCACAACGUGUACCCCAAAAUAUGCAUUAGAUACGGCCACACAAACACUUUCUCAACGUAUGCCGCAAUGAUUCAUUUAAACUCCACCCGCACUUUCACAACGUGUACCCAAAAAACAAGGUUACUCUGGAGUGAUUUGGUCAUCGUUUUAUUUCAGAGUGGACUUGCAUACACACACAUAUACAUACUAACAUACGUACACAUAC